CCUGGAGUAGCCCAUGCCAUACUGUGUCCUUUUAAGUCAGUAAAUUGAACUAAGUCGGUUAUUCGGCAAGCAGUUCCUGUAAAAAACUACAUGGCUAAGGUUCUUAUUGAUUGACCACAAGCAGAUCUUUCACCCUCGGAUCUCUAGCUACAAAAGGAACCACUGGCUCAAUGACCUGUAAGGGCCAUUUCAGCACAUCCAUUCUGUCCAUCUCCAAGCCUUCACCGUAGGGAAGAACUUUUGCUCUAGUCACCUCUCAGAGAGCUCUCUUUAUAGCUGAAGGUCCCUCUCAUGAGUUACAUCAAGAGUAACCUAGAAUUAUACCAGCAAUACACAGCCAUGGCCCCCAAGCUACUGGCCCGCAUCUCCAAACUCCUCAUGAUCUGCCAGAAUGCAGGCAUUUCUAUACCAAAGGGCAUCAGAAACAUCUUUGAGUUCACUUGGGAAGAGCUCAUCAGCGACCCUUCAGUGCCUACCCCGUCCGACAUCUUGGGCCUGGAGGUCAGCUUUGGAGCCCCACUGGUGGUGCUCAUGGAACCCACCUUUGUGCAGGUCCCCACACUGAAGAAGCCACUACCUCCACCACCACCAGCACCACCACGUCCAGUGCUGCUGGCAACAACUGGGGCAGCCAAGCGCUCCACCCUCUCUCCCACCAUGGCCCGUCAGGUGCGUGCCCACCAGGAGACCCUGAACAGGUUUCAGCAGCAAUCCAUCCACCUGCUGACGGAGCUCCUCAAACUGAAGAUGAAGGCCAUGGUGGAGUCUAUGUCUGUGGGUGCCAACCCCUUGGACAUCACCAGGCGCUUUGUGGAGGCCAGCCAGCUCCUCCACCUCAACGCCAAGGAGAUGGCCUUCAACUGCCUGAUCGGCACAGCCGGGAGAAGUGGCUACAGCAGUGGACAGUUGUGGAAAGAGUCCCUCGCAAACAUGUCCGUCAUUGGGGUGAACUCGCCUUACCAGCUGAUCUACCACUCUUCCACAGCCUGUCUGAGCUUUUCCCUCUCUACUGGAAAAGAAGCCAAGAAGAAAAUAGGCAAAUCUAGAACUAUAGAAGAUGUCAGCAUGCCGCCCCCGCAUCGAGGAGUGGGAACCCCUGCCAACAGCCUGGAGUUCAGCGACCCCUGCCCUGAGGCCCGGGAGAAGCUGCAGGAGUUGUGUCGCCACGUAGAUGCCGAAAGGGCCACGUGGAAAGGGAGGAAUAUCUCCUACCCCAUGAUCUUACGAAACUACAAGGCAAAGAUGCCCUCUCAUCUAAUAUUGGCCCACAAAGGAGACUCUCAGACCCUGGGUUUACAUUACCCUCCCACUGCAAGUGCUCAGACUCUCAGCCCCACCCCUCACCCAUCUUCUGCCAACCAUCAUUUCAGUCGGCAUUGUCAAGAGGGGAAGGCACCCAAGAAGGCCCUCAAGUUUCAUUACACAUUCUAUGACGGCUCCUCCUUCGUUUACUAUCCCUCUGGAAACGUGGCUAUAUGUCAGAUCCCCACAUGCUGCAGAGGGAGAACCAUCACCUGCCUCUUUAAUGACAUACCUGGAUUCUCCUUGCUGGCCCUGUUCAAUGCUGAAGGUCAGGGCUGUGUUCACUACAACCUGAAAACCAGUUGCCCAUAUGUCUUAAUCUUGGAUGAGGAAGGUGGCACCACCAAUGACCAGCAGGGCUAUGUAGUCCACAAAUGGAGCUGGACUUCCAGGACAGAGACCCUGCUUUCCCUGGAAUAUAAGGUGAAUGAGGAAAUGAAACUAAAGGUGCUGGGACAGGACUCCAUCACAGUCACCUUCACCUCCCUGAAUGAGACAGUAACACUCACUGUGUCGGCCAACAAUUGUCCCCAUGGAAUGGCAUAUGACAAACGGCUGAAUCGCAGAAUCAGCAACAUGGACAACAAGGUGUAUAAGAUGAGCCGAGCCCUGGCUGAGAUCAAGAAGCGGUUUCAGAAGACAGUGACUCAGUUCAUUAAUUCUAUCUUGCUGGCCGCAGGUCUGUUUACCAUUGAAUAUCCCCCCAAAAAAGAGGAGGAAGAAUUUGUUCGGUUGAAGAUGAGAUCUGGAACUCAUCCCGAGCGGCUCCCCAAGCUAAGUUUAUACUCAGGAGAAAGUCUUUUACAAUCUCAGUCAGGCCAACUGGAAUCCUCAAUUGCAGAGACUUUGAAGGAUGAGCCUGAGUCUGCUCCUGUGAGCCCAGUUCGGAGGAAGACCACCAAAAUCCACACCAAAGCCAAGGUCACAUCCAGAGGGAAGGCCCGCGAGGGGCGCAGCCCCACCAGGUGGGCGGCCUCGCCCUCAGACUGCCCGCUGGUGCUGCGGAAGCUCAUGCUCAAGGAAGACGCCCAUGCUGGCUGCAAGUGCCUGGUGAAGGCACCCCUGGUCUCUGACGUGGAGCUGGAGCGCUUCCUGUUGGCGCCCCGAGACCCCAGCCAAGUGCUGGUGUUUGGGAUCAUCUCAAGCCAGAACUACACCAGCACUGGGCAGCUCCAGUGGCUGCUGAACACUCUCUACAACCACCAGCAGCGGGGCCGUGGCUCCCCCUGCAUCCAGUGCCGGUAUGACUCCUACCGCCUGCUGCAGUAUGACCUGGACAGCCCCCUGCAGGAGGACCCUCCCCUGAUGGUGAAGAAGAACUCUGUGGUACAGGGGAUGAUUCUGAUGUUUGCCGGGGGGAAGCUCAUUUUUGGGGGCCGUGUUUUGAAUGGAUAUGGCCUCAGCAAGCAGAAUCUGCUGAAACAGAUCUUCCGGUCUCAACAGGAUUGCAAGAUGGGCUACUUCCUGCCGGAUGACUACAAAUUCAGUGUUCCCAACUGUGUCCUGAGCCUGGAGGAUUCUGAAUCAGCCAAGAAAUCCGAGUCAGAAGAUAUCCAAGGAAGCAGCUCCUCAUUGGCCCUGGAAGACUAUGUGGAGAAGGAGUUAUCUCUGGAGGCUGAGAAGGCAAGAGAGCCUGAAGUGGAGCUACAUCCUCUCAGGGGGGACAGCAAGAUAACCAGCUGGAAGAAGCAGGCCUCCAAGAAGUAGCGCCAUCCUGGCGGCAGCCAAGUGAGCCAGGCCCCGGCCCGGGGUGCUGGGGAUUCCUGCCAGCCCAGCCCUACCUCCCCUGUCUCCCACCCUGUCCUCCAAGCCUCUAUAAUAAACCAGUGGGCCUCCAGCUUGGGGUGAGGCUCUGGGGAAGGACAGACCCAGCUCAUUCUGUCUUCUGUGAGGCUAGAGGCCCCCAACAGACUUGUCCCAGGUCAAGUCCUUGGAAACUCGGUUCCCCCAAUGCAGAACUUCCUCUGCGGCCAGUUAAGUCAGCUGAGGCCCUCCCACACUCAAGGAAGGAAGCUACCUCCAAGGGGUAGCUCCAGGAUAGGUGACCCAGUAACCCCCAGGACGCCCAGAUGGGACUGAACUGGGCCUCUAUACCCUUCCUGGGUCGGGGAGGCUCAGUCUAUGGCGUAGGUGGAAAAGACAGCAAGAAGAGAACAGUGAAGAGGCAGAGAGAAAGGGCAAAGACAGGGAAGAAGAGACAAAGGGAGAAAUGAGAGGAGGAGCAAGGAGAGAGAGGAAGAAACAAGUGAGAGGGAAGGGGAGGGGGUAAGAAAGAAGAUGGAGGAGGGAGAAGGAGAGAGGAAGAGUAGGAGGAAUAAACAAGGAGGCAGGGGGAGGGGAACAAGUAAGGAAGGAAGGGAGGGAGGAGGGGAACAAGCAAGAGGGGGGAGGGGAACAAGUAAGGAGUGGGAGAGGGGAGGGGAACAAGUAAGGAGGGAGGGGGCAGGAAGAAGCAAGUGUGGAGUGAGGAGGGAGUUAAGAGGGUGACGGGGAAGAAAUCACUGAGGGGGAUCUGAGGAAGAUGAGAAUGGUGCAGGCUGAGAGACUUAAUGACAGAGUGCUCACCCCUAGGGACCCUUCAGUGAUGCCCUGAAAGCCAGAGCCCUGUGGCCUCCUGGGGGCAGACAUCCCCACUGAGCCCAGCCACAGUGCCAUUUGGUGCAUUUCGGGCUUCUUUCCUGAGCCACAGGCCUUAGAAAUCCUUGCCAGUAUCAAGGGGCCCAAGACAGUAGCCCCUCUGGGGUGCUAAGUUUCCCCAUGCCCCUGAGGGUGCCUGUGAGGGACAGAGAGAACCCCUGCUGUGGGCCCACUGCUCUGGGCUGUCUCGUCCUAACCCCUGCGCUGGGCCCACGACACUGGGCUGUCUUUUCUGGGUUCACUGGAACCCUUUCCAGGAGCAGCUGAGGACUCCAGAAGGUCUACCUUUUUCUCCCAGCCCAGAGCAGAGCUCAGGCCUUGAGCAUUUAGUGAGAUGUUGCACUUAGAAAUGCUUAUGCUUCCUCUGUAAUAUAAGCUUUUUUAAUCUGAAUCUUUCAAGCUUUAAUGUUUAUCCUUUGUAUCAUUCAGAAAUGUUUUUUGAAUUAUACACUUGUUCUUCUAGAAAUGAAUUCGAAAUGACUUG